GUAAGGUCCAUCAAGAUUUACACAUACUAUUUGCGAGCUCCUCCUGCUCAGGAUCGGAAAUGUUCCCCAUGUAUCCCCUUUUUGGGCUUUGUGGCGAUCUAGGGAUGGCUCCAACUUGUUCUGGAAAAAUAAAUGGGGUCUCUAUUGUUCUCGCUGUUUAGCACACUGCCUCACUGCGCGGCUGGUCUACCUCUCUUACUAGGUCGAAGUCCAUGAAAUUCUCCAACAGGCUACUCUUGACUAUGACUCGAGGUUGUUUGCUUUCCGGUAGUUUUCAUUGCUCUGUCUUGAGGCUUGAUUGAAGUCCACCCUUCGAUUUCUGGUGACUCCUCUCUUUUCUGCACACCCAGUGCAUAGGUGUAUUCAAUUUGCUCUCCAGUUUCUGUGGAAGGUUUGGUAAAAGUAUGCCCGUUUCCUUUCGGGAGGGUCAGCCCGACGCGUUACGAGCCCCAGGCUCGGGGGGGGCUGGUCCGCAGGCCUCACAUGUCCGUACUUGGGAGAAGUUUAGAGCUGAGCAAGGUCCGGCUCCGGGUUCAGUAGUCAAGAUUUCCCAUCUGAGAGUUUUCGCGUCAUAUUUGCUGACGCAGCCGGGCGGUGGAUAUUCUAGCACUAACGCCUACCUCGAUUCCGUGGUAGCAGUGGAGUCGGAGAGGGGGAGCAUCCGUAAUGUUCUCUUCGAGAGACAGCUGCGAGGCCUAAAGAGAGCAGUUACGCGGUACCUCAAAAGCCGCCAGAUGCUUCCGAAGAAAGCAUGCCCACUUCAUACGGCGGGGCUUGGGCACUUGUCAAGCAGGGAGCGCGAAAUAGUAGUAGUUGGGUGCGCUUUGGGGCUCCGGGCAGAUACUCUGUGCCACAUUUCCCGCCGGCAGGUUUUUCUCACGGGCAUUAAGAAGGCCAAGCGUUUUGUCGUGCAGGGGGUACAGCUACAAGUUAGGAAAGACAAGACAACGCAGUUCCGCCGGGUAGAGCUCAAGCGCAGCUGUGGUUAUCCGGGCAUCAAUUGCUGCCCGAUUUGUGAGGUGGCAGACUGGGCUACGCUUUUUCCGAUUUCCCGAGCGGAAAUAGUGACCGCGACGAAGGCGCUUGAUUCUACCCCGCAUGGGCUUCGCAGAACUUGCGCCCUGGCAGCCCGUACUGCAAUGGCGAAAAUGUCAACGAAGAAACAGGAGAAAGCGCGCAAGGAGUGCAAUUUCCGACAAGGUUGGUCGGACGCUUCGGGGACAUUUUUCGACUACUCUGAGGAUUUUGAAAGACACAAAGAUGGGGA